CCAAUUUUAACCUGGAAUUUUUCCAUCUGUUGUGUUUUUGAUUUCCAUUAUGAGCGAUAAUGAUAAUAAUAGUGACGAACCAUCGUCCAAAAGAAGACGUUCUUGUAAUGAACUGGAUCCAAGUAAAAUACAUAAUGCAGACGAGGGUAAAGUUCUUAAUACAAAAAAACAUACGACGCCUCAAAGAAAGAACGUCCCUAAGUUUCGCUUGAAAACUGCAGGAGAUAAUGCUUCUUUGUGUACAGUAGCAGAGCAAAGAGUGCCUUUAAUGCUGACAGAUAUUCAGCAUCUGAUGUUGCACUCCCUACUGGGCAACUUAAAUUUAUCAGAGUCGCCUCGCUGGUAUGUGCUUGACAAGUGUAACAAGAUCUCUCAGACCACUUGCCUUAUUCUUGAAGGAGUUUCUAUCCAGCACUGGCUCAACCAACAACACAAUCUUCAAUUUGUGAAAAACACAUUUGAUGAUUUUAUAGAGAUUCUAACACCAUCUGUGUAUAACGGUUCCUUGGCUCAAGAAUUAGUCUUGGUACCUUUGUCUGAAGUGGAAAAAGAAAGCAUAAUACAGAAAUAUGGCAGUAUAAAUCUAGCACUUGAAGCAAGAAAGGAUUUAAUGGUCAUGAUGAAAGCAGUAUUUCCUAUCAGAGAUGAUGUUACAGAAACAGUAGGUCCUCAUGGAGAAGAUCAAUUCCCAAGGACGCAGCUAAUAUUAUCAGCUUGGCAACUUAUUGAAGAGUCUUAUCCACUACCUUUAAAGGGUAAAUUGAAAGAUACCUAUGCAGAUUAUGUGAUGACUAAAGACAACUACCAGCCAGUCACUGCCAAGUCCCCUAUGUUUGGGUUAGAUUGUGAAAUGUGUAUGACUUGUGCAGGUUCAGAACUGACUAGGAUAUCAGUAGUCAAUGAAAAACUUGAAACUGUGUAUGAAUCUUUAGUUAAACCAUAUAAUGAUAUAGUAGAUUAUUUGACUAGAUAUUCUGGCAUUACAGAGUCAAUGUUAUGCAAUGUCACUAAAAGAUUACAAGAUGUACAGAAAGAUCUUAGAGAACUAUUGCCACCUGAUGCUAUCUUGGUUGGACAAUCCUUAAAUGCAGAUUUACAUGCUUUAAAAAUGAUGCAUCCUUACGUUAUAGACACCAGUCUUAUAUUUAACUUUACAGGUGAGAGAACUCGUAAACCUAAACUUAAAGCUCUAGCUAGAGAAUUACUUAAUGAGAAUAUUCAAUCAGGUAAGAAUGGUCAUUGUUCUGUAGAAGACUCCAUAACAACUGUGAAACUUGUGCAACUUAAACUCAGUAAAACUAUGGAAUAUGGAGAUGCAGUUCACACAAAUAGGCAACAAUAUAAAGAAAAUUUGAUAAAAAUGGCAAAAAAACCACAAGUUGCAACAUCCAUUUUUAACCACAUGAUAGAACAAAAGAAAUCCUCCCUGAUCAUAGGUUGUGAUGACAUCACAGGUGAUUAUCACACUUAUUUAACUGAAGCAAAAAAAAGUUUCAAUUCACAACUAAAAAGAGGUAAACCAAAAAAAGUUAAAUUAAACACUGUGGAUGAAGCCGAGGAAGUUAUUUCUACACUUUGUGAUGCAGUCAGAGAAAACAAUCUUGUUAUGGCACAUUUAAGACUGAAUAUUACUAAUGAAAAUGAGAGUGAUCAGAUGCAGAAGAUAAACAGAUGGAUUGGUACAACCUGGAACAGCUUAGAGGAUGCUGCCUUGUGUGUAAUUGUGUUUGGUGGAACAACCAGUGACAAUGGGGUGGGCAUGAUUAAAGUGAAGAAUAAUUCAAAUAUAUAUAAAAAAUGUUAAUUAAUAUAAGAAUAACUUAAGUGUUUUCUAUAUUUUUCAGA